UUAAAUUGAUACAUAUUGUCAAAGGAAGAUAAGAUAAUUAUAUAAUGAAUAGGAAACUAAAUCUGCUGAAUAAUAUAUUAGCUGUUCGGUUUUCGUUUGCGCAGUCCGCACAUCCUCCGAAACCGAACCGUGUAUUGUUGUCGUCGACGUGCUCGUUGCGAAAACGAUGAAGAAAACAAAACGGAAAAUGUAAUUGGACGGAAACAGUCAAACGAUAAGUGAUAAGCCUAAACAAAUAAGCAACGAAAGAAACAAAACGUAAUUUAUAGCAACGGUAGCGGCACGAGAAAUGCUGAGCUCUUCGCGAAACAGGAAGCAGUUUUGUUGACACAGAUUCUCUCUUACGUAUGUACCGAAGAUGUCUGUAAGUGAUCCACUAAUCAAAGAGUUAAAAGUAUUCACUGGUAAAUUACUUGGAUUUGAAGAAAUAAACGAUGAUUGCGAUGCGCUCAUCGGCUUUUGCCAAUGCGUCGAACGCAUCUUCGCAAAGGGCAUCUUGCAAAAGCCGAACUCCUUCGGUAUCAUAAGACGGAUCGAUGCCUGGACUUGGAUGGAGAGGAUUUCCAAUGAGCUGAAUGACUUCGGUUAUAAAAGCUCGGUGGAAUCCGCUCGAAAUCGAAAGGACAUCUUCACGAACCGAGGCAGAUUCCGAGCCUUGGUUCGCUAUUGCCUAAACAGAAGAUGUCUACACGUUCCAGUCGAACAACUAAUUCACACGGAGACAUUCAACAAAUAUUACGAUAACGUUUCUGUGAUUGGAGACGUAAUCCUCAACGAAAUCCUUUUAUCCGUCCUUUACCAAUGCGGUAAAAUCAAUUUCAGGCUUCGCGCCGAGCUCUGCUCAUUCUUAGAUUUAUCCUGGCUCAUACCGGAGGUGAAACGCUUCGAUUUGGUUCCUACGCAAAAUUUGGGUUUGUCCAUAAGCUUCGCCGGUGAAAAAGCUGUGAUCGUGAACGUAAAAUCAAAUAGCGUUUGCGGCGAAAGUAGGAAGAUUGCAGUGGGCGAUGUAUUGGAUAGCAUGAACGGAAUGUGCAUUUGCUUCGCAACCAAAGGUCGUCUCAGCACAAUGCUGAAAUGCCAGAAGCACGUACCGAUCACUUUGAUUGUCGUCAAGGGAUUUUCCUCUUCGGAUGGGAAGAUUUACCCUCCCAUGGUGAAUCUCUACAAGGAAAUCGACUUGGAUUUGGAUAUGAUCAAGGCAAGGAAUAACGUAGACAGCGAAGAUGAGAAUAGGAUUGCAACUACAUUCAAAUCUAAGAAUGGAUUUAUUUGCAAGUAUUUGGGAAACGUCGACGUGGGUCGCUACGGCGAUGUUAAGAUCAUCGACAAGGCUUUCACCAUUUACCUGACGUCCAGCAACUCGAGUUACCACAGAUUCAAUAAGUGCAAGAGCGACGUUCUCUUUGAGGUUUGCGAUUUGGGCGUGAAAUGUUUCCAUUUGAACACGACGGAAACGAUAUUGGAACAUUCUUUUAUGGAAAUAUCCGCUUGCGGCUCAACGACUAGCUUACCAACUCAUUUCGCUUACAUUGCCGGCGAAGAGUACUGCGACGUAGCAACAAACUUCAAAUGCUACAUUUUCUCAGCUUCGAACGAAAAGGACUGUACCACGAUUUUGCAGGGUAUAGGUCAAGGAUUCGAAAGGACUCACUACGCUGUGUGAUUCACUCUACAUGCAAACACACACAUAUCAAUCAAACUUAGCUUUUUAUCAACAAUAUAUUUAAUACUUUACAAA